AUGGCGUCGUUGUUCCUGUACCACGUGGUGGGAGAUCUGACGGUGGGGAAGCCCGAGCUGUCGGAGUUUUGGAUGACGGAGACUGUGGCUGCGGCCAUCCGGACGAUCGGGGAUACAUCGGAAGGAGGGAUUCCGGUGUGGAGGAACAGAUCGCCAAAGACGGCGGCGGCUGAGAGUGCCGAAAGCAGGCAGCAGAGAUUCGUCGGGAUUCUCAACGCGCUGGACAUUGUGGCCUUCUUGGCCAGAGACGAAUGCUUGGCCGAUCAGGAUAAGGCCUUGAGCACAGCUGUUUCUCAUGUUGUUGUUCCCAAUAGCUCCGCCCUUAAGGUUGUUGAUCCUGGCACAAGAUUAAUAGAUGCUUUGGAGAUGAUGAAACAAGGAGUAAAGAGACUUGUGGUGCCAAAGAGCCUGACUUGGAGAGGAAUUAGCAAACGGUUUUCCAUUCUGUACAACGGAAAGUGGCUCAGGAACAGCAGCAACAGCAGCCUCCUGAACCCUUCAUCCGCUGCCAACAGCACUAACCGUCUUCCAACAUCGUGUGUGCAAGACAGGUUCUGCUGCCUGUCGAGGGAGGACGUGUUGCGGUUCCUUAUCGGCUGCCUGGGGGCCCUGGCCCCUUUGCCCCUUUCCUCCAUCGCCUCUCUCGGCGCCGUCAAUCGCCAUAACUACUGCUGGCUGGAGGCCUCCCGCCCGGCAGCGGAGGCCGCCGUCAUGCAUCCACAGGAACCUUGUGCGGUGGCCAUUGUCGUGGUGGACCCCACCGGCAGCGACAGCAACAAGAAGAAGAAGAUCAUUGGGGAGAUAUCCUCCGCGAAGCUCUGGAAGUCUGACUUUUUGACCGCUGCUUGGGCACUCGCCAACCUAUCCGCUGCCCAAUUCAUCUUGGGAAUCGAGGAAGAAAACAACUCCUCCUCCUCCUUCUCCUCCUCCUCCUCCAUGGCAGGUGAGGGUAUUAAGGAGAAUAAUAAUAAUAUUAUUAGUAAUGGUGAAAAUCCGAGUAGCAAUACUAAUAAUAAUUCUAAGAUGAGGAAGAUAUUCAGUAGCAGGAGUAUUGGAUUAUAUGGGAAUUUCGGGAUGUAUAAGGGGAGGAGUGUCCCUCUUACGUGUAGGGAGACGAGCUCGUUGGCAGCUGUGAUGGCACAGAUGUUGUCCCAUAGGGCCACACACAUUUGGGUUACUCAAGUCGAUGAUGAUGAUGAUGAUAACAGCGAUAUCUUGGUUGGUGUGGUUGGGUAUGCUGAUAUCUUGGCUGCCGUCACGGCCCAACCUGCCCCAUGA